AUGGCUUCCUCAUACCCGUUCCCAAACAAUGUCCAUGUCUCGAGUUCUGUCACUCUUAAACUCAACGACAGCAACUAUUUGUUGUGGAAGACUCAAUUUGAGUCUCUCCAAUCGAGCCACAAGCUCAUAGGGUUUGUCAAUGGAGCUGUUUCUCCUCCAACUAAGACACGUCAAUUUGUCCAAGACGGUGUCUCCAGUGAAAUCACCAACUCGCAGUAUGAAUCUUGGUUCUGUACCGAUCAGCUUGUCAUGCCGUGGCUGUUUGGAACUCUUUCUAAAGAAGUGUUAGGUCAUGUUCACAGCCUCACCACGGCUCGUGAGAUUUGGCUCGCUCUCGCAGAGAACUUCACCAAGAGCAAUAAUGCCAGAGAGUUCUCUCUCCGACGCAGUCUUCAACUUCUGUCAAAGAAGGAAAAGUCUCUUUCUACCUACUGUCGUGAAUUCAAAUCCAUCUGUGACUCUCUUAGCUCCAUCUGCAAACCAGUUGACGAAUCCAUGAAGAUUUUCGGCUUCUUGAAUGGUUUAGGCCGAGAAUAUGAUCCUAUAGCAACUGUCAUUCAUAGCUCCUUGAGCAAGGUCUCACCUCCUACGUUUAACGAUAUUGUGUCAGAAGUCCAAGGAUUUGAUAGCAAACUCCAGUCAUAUGAUGAUUCAUCCUUGUUCCAACCCAGUCAGAGAGGUCGUGGUGGUCGAUUUGGCCAAAACAGAGGUAGAGGAGGCUACACUACUCGCGGCAGAGGCUUCUCCCAGCACCAGUCUGUCUCUCCGUCUCAAGGACAGCGACCAAUCUGUCAAAUUUGUGGCCGUAUUGGUCACACGGCCAUCAAAUGCUACAAUCGUUUUGAUAACAACUAUCAUACUGAAGUUCCCACUCCAGCGUUUGCCUCUCUUCAAGUUUCUGAUGACAGUGGUCGAGAAUGGCAUCCGGACUCUGCUGCUACGGCUCACAUAACUUCCUCGACGUCUGGUCUGCAGGAGGCAAAAGCUUACGAAGGGACUGAUGCAGUGAUGGUUGGCGAUGGAGCCUAUCUUCCCAUCACACACGUUGGAUCCACCACCAUUUCCUCUGCUAUAGGGGAACAAUUCCUUUACAUGAAGUUCUCGUAUGUCCUGAUAUGA